CGCGGCGCUGUGGCUGCAGCCAAUCAAAGGCGUAGCCGGGCUUUGGCGGGAGACGGGAACGGUGUAGCAGAGCGAAUUUGGCGCGAGCGCGUCUGUAUUUUGCUGCCUGCUGGUGUUCGGUUUGGCCGGGAACGGUGGUGGAGUCUGAGGCGGUGUGUGAGGGACGUGAGGAACCUGCACUGAGGUGACGCAGCCCUGAGAGAGGAGAAGAUUGCUCGGGAGACUGAGCAGUAUUGCCAUCAUGCCUCAAACCCGAUCCCAGGCACAGGCUAAAAUCAGUUUUCCAAAGAAGAAGUUUUCUCGGACAGUAGACAAAAGUAAAAACCCUGGUGACGUCAAAGUAGAACCAGCAAAUGCGCACACUCUGCCCUCUUCUCCUUGCACAAAAAUUCUGCCUCUGAGCCCCAGAAAACGUCUGGGUGAUGACAACCUAUGCAACACUCCGCAGUUACCUCCCUGUUCACCACCAAAGCAAGGCAAGAAAGAGAACGGCCCCCCUCGCUCACAUACACCUAAGGGACGCAGAUUAAUAUUUGAAAAUUCGUUGACAGUUAAGUCUCCUAGCAAAAAAGAACAAGCCAGAGUUCCCCAAAACAAAAUACUUUCCUCGUCUCAAAAAGGUCAAGAGAGUACAACAAAUUCUGAGCAGAGAUGUCCAUCGGAGAAAGAAUCUGUAUGCAUGAGACUGUUCAAGCAAGAAGGUACUUGCUACCAGCAAGCGAAGCUUGUCCUGAAUACAGCUGUCCCGGAUCGGCUGCCUGCCAGGGAGAAGGAGAUGGAUGUCAUCAGGAAUUUCCUGAGGGAGCACAUCUGUGGGAGAAAAUCGGGAAGUCUUUACCUCUCUGGUGCUCCUGGAACUGGAAAAACUGCCUGCUUAAGCCGAAUCCUGCAAGACCUCAAGAAGGAACUGAAAGGCUUUAAAACUAUCAUGCUGAAUUGCAUGUCCUUGAGGAGUGCCCAGGCUGUGUUCCCAGCUAUUGCUCAGGAGAUUUGUCAGGAAGAAGUGUCCAGGCCAGCUGGGAAGGAGAUGAUGAGGAAACUGGAAAGACAUCUGACUGCAGAGAAGGGCCCCAUGAUUUUGUUAGUGCUGGACGAGAUGGAUCAGCUGGACAGCAAAGGACAGGAUGUGUUGUACACACUGUUUGAAUGGCCAUGGCUGAGCAGUUCUCGAUUGGUGCUGAUUGGUAUUGCUAAUACCCUGGACCUCACAGACAGAAUUCUGCCUAGGCUUCAAGCUAGAGAAAAUUGUAAGCCUCAGCUGUUGAACUUCCCACCUUAUACCAGAAAUCAAAUAGCCACUAUCUUGCAGGAUCGACUUAAUCAGGCGUCUAGAGAUCAGGUUGUGGACAGUGCUGCCAUUCAGUUCUGUGCCCGCAAAGUCUCUGCUGUUUCAGGAGAUGUUCGCAAAGCGCUAGAUGUGUGCAGAAGAGCUAUUGAAAUCGUAGAGUCGGAUAUUAAAAGCCAGACUAUCCUGAAACCACUAUCUGAAUGUAAAUCAUCCUCUGAGUCUCCGGUUCCCAAGAGAGUUGGUCUUACUCACAUAUCCCAAGUCAUUUCAGAAGUUGAUGGUAAUAGGAUGACUUUGAGCCGAGAAGGAGCACAAGACUCCUUCCCUCUUCAGCAGAAGAUUUUGGUGUGCUCUCUGCUGCUCCUGACCAGGCAGCUGAAAAUCAAAGAGGUCACUCUGGGAAAGUUGUAUGAAGCUUACAGUAACGUCUGUCGCAAACAGCAGGUGGCAGCUGUGGAUCAGUCAGAGUGUCUGUCACUUUCAGGGCUCUUGGAGGCCAGAGGCAUUUUAGGAUUAAAGAAAAAUAAGGAAACCCGUUUCACAAAGGUGUCUUUGAAGAUUGAAGAGAAGGAAAUAGAGCAUGCUCUGAAAGACAAAGCUUUAAUGGGAAAUAUCUUAGCUACUGGAUUGCCUUAAAUUGUUCACUUACUGCACAUCGGGCAAUAUUCAGCUGGCAUUUAGCGAAGGAGUCUUCGUUUUAGUACUUUAUACACUCAGGUCUGAAAACAAAUAUGACCUUUUAUACUUGAAACCAAUGAAUUUUAACCUAUAGACUCAUGAAUAUUAGCACAGAAUAAUAUGUUUGGAUCUUAUUUUCACCCAUAAAAAUGACCACGUAGACCCUUUUCAAUUACAUCCAGUACCCUCUACCACUUGUGUGCCUCUAACCACUUGUAUUUGCAGGUAUGCAGAUUUGUAUGGUGGAAUGCAUAUACACUUACCUAUUACUUUCUUCAAACAUUGAUAUAUUACGUUAAGAACUUUGAAGUUAGGGUAAGAAGAAUGGAAAGGAAUGAUCCUGAAAGCAAGACCACAUGGUGAUUUGGAGGACACUUUGACAAAGAAUUUUUUUGGGGGUAUACUGUGUUCAUGUUGCGGAUUCUACCACAUUGUGACAUUUUAAAGACUCAUUGUGUUUCUUGGGUACUCCGAAGCUUGAGGGACUGGUAAGGAGAAUGUAACUCUGCAAAUUGUGAAUAUAUUUAUUUUAUUUUAUUUA